AUGCAGUUCACGAAGCUCUUCACUGUCGCGACCCUGGCCACCUCGGCCCUGGCCGCCCCCGCCGCUGUUCCCGUCAACGAUACCAAGGUCCUCGACCUCUCGGAGCUGGCCAUGUUCGACACCUUUGACGUUGUCGCCGACCCCGGUGCCGCUGCGGCCGACCCCCAGGACCGGGCUGUCAUGGGCAUCGAGAAGGCUGCCGUCCUCAUCAAAGAGCUGAGCAACUGGGACAACGCCCGCGAGCGGUUCACAAAGACCACCGUGCUGUCCAUGUGGCAGAGCAACCCCGACCCCAGCCGUUACCCCGCUGUCAUCUGCCAAAACCAGGACUACCGCCUGUCCAAUCCCAACGGCAUCGCCGGCUGGGCCAAGGCCGAGCUCAAGAUGUCGAUCCUCAAGACGGAUUAUGACUUUUUCUACAUGAUGGCCCCCAACACCUUCCACGGCCUCGGCGACGGAGGCUUCAUCAACUUUGCCUCCCUGAACGACAAGUCGCGCUGCACCUUCAACAGCCGGGAGUGCCAGGUUCGCUGCCUGUAA